CACCUAUAUUCUUUCUUAUCAACAGUCUUUUGUCGUUUUGUGGUGUGUGUGCAUGUUUGUACACUGUUUGUUCUCUGUUGGAGCCUUCUGACUCUGAAUUUACUCUACAUGGCCAAGUUCAGCACUACAGUGUUUUCAAUCCAGGUGGAGCUGCAGAUGAAUAUGAGUGUGUUUUGCGUGUGUGUUUUCCCUGCUCUGAAGGGUCACGGUUAGACUCUGCACUCUGAACUGAACUGGGAAAGGAGGGAGUUGGGGCCAAAGUUCAGUCUGAGAGAGAGAGACUGAGAGAGAGAGAAAGAGGGAGAGAAUGAGAGAGCGAGAGAGAGGACGAGGGAGGAGGGGGGAGAAGUGGGAAGCAGCAAGAAAAAAGCACCUUUGAAAGCAAAAACAGCAGCAGGUUUGCGGACAGAGACGAGAAGGCCGAGUGCAAGUGGACAACAAACAUUUGGACGAUUUGGACAGACUGACCAGACAGCGGGACGACUGCUGACCUGUGGAGCUGGGAGAGACUCUCAGUGUACAAGUAAAUAUAUGGCAGUGGUCAGCUCUUGAGACACACCAUCCAGCUGAAAGACAAUGGAUCCUGGAGAAAGAGCAAUGGACGGAGGAGAAGAGCAAACAUCAACAGGAAGUGUGCGCAGGCUCUCGGCCUUGCAGGAGCAGUUGCUGUGGUCACUGUUAGGCUCCGGACUGACCAGAGAGGUGCUGGUGCAGGCCAUGGGAGAGCUGGAAAGGGAGAGAGAGCGAGCCGGGCUUGACCGAAGUGACCGAAAUGAUCGUGCGGAUGGAGAGAGUUCAGAGGAAGGUGAGAUGGAGUAUCCUCCACCGAUCUUCAGGGAACUGGAGAAGCUGCCACCGCAGGAGGCCGCCAGGCAGAGAGCAGAAGUUGACCAGCUGCUGCAAGAGGAUCCCUGGCGUGUAGCUAAGAUGAUUAAGUGUUACAUGCAGCAGCAUAACCUCCCUCAGAGAGAGGUGGUUGAGUCCACAGGCCUGAACCAAUCUCACCUGUCCCAACACCUGAAUAAAGGCACACCUAUGAAGAACCAGAAGCGUUCUGCCCUCUACAGCUGGUACGUCAAAAAACAGGACGAGAUCAGCAGGCAGUUUACAAAUGCCAGCCGGGGUAUGGUAUCAGGAGAUGAGGCUGGAGACGAGGGCAGGAAGGGACGGAGAAACCGGUUUAAAUGGGGUCCUGCAUCCCAGCAGAUCCUUUUCCAGGCCUAUGAGAGACAAAAGAACCCCAGCAAGGAGGAGAGAGAGGGACUGGUGGAGGAGUGUAACAGGGCAGAGUGUCUGCAGAGGGGUGUGUCUCCAUCCCAGCUUGCAGGAUUGGGCUCUAAUUUGGUCACUGAGGUCAGAGUGUAUAACUGGUUUGCAAACCGACGCAAAGAAGAGGCUUUCCGACACAAACUGGCAUUGGACACACUGUAUAGCAGCCAAUCAGCAUCCAGCACUGCACACACACUCCCAUCGAGCCCCACACACGUUCUGAAGUUCCCCCAGUCUGCUGUGUGUGAGAGUUUGGGGUCAACAAGGAGCAGCAGUGUGGACCGGACUGCAGGGGGACACCUGGUGGCCAGUCCAGUCCAGCUGGAGCCCAGCCACACACUGCUGGACAUACAGCACCAGAAACCAGUGUCAGUGGGCGGCUCUCUGCCACCUGUUAGUACCCUCACGUCUUUGCAUGGCACUGGUUCUCCACAGGGUCUUAUUAUGGCCUCUUUACCCAGUGUCAUGAGCCUGGGAGACUCCUCACUGCUUAUAGGACUGACGUCCACUCAGCCGCAGACGGUUCCUGUAAUCAAUAAUGUAGGGGGCGGGUUCACCACACUUCAGCCAAUCUCUUUCCAGCAGCAGCUGCACGCCCCACAACAGCCAAUCGCACAGUCACUGCAGGGCCACCUCGGGCCGAGCCCCUUCAUGGCCACCAUGACGCAACUGCCCUGCCACAUGUACAGUAAGACAGAUUUGACCUCGUACCCAUCCUCCAGUCUCCUGUCCCAGGCUAUGGUCAUUGCCGACAGCAACAGCUUAGGGACCCUCACUAGUCUGACAACAGUCCGACAGAUUCUCAGUUCAGAUCCUGAGGAUCAGACAGAUACGCCGAUACAAGAGGAGUCUCUACACCUGCAGCCCAGCUCACCUAUACCAGUGUCGUCAGGCAGUUUGGAGCUGUACUCCCAAUCUCAGUCCAGUGAAACGCACACCUCUCACCUCCUCGCUUCCCCACCAGGAGAAAUCGACCCAUACAUCCCUGCACAGAUGGUCUCAACCGCACAGUGACAGCAGUCAAAGCUACAGUGGAACAUGCCAAUAUUGCACAGCAAACAGGUGGAGCCCUGAGCUGCUUUUAAUAACAAUUAUGGAACUAUACAACUAUCUUACAACUUGGAAAAGAAAAAAACUGACUCAAAACCAACUUACUUUAUUAAUGAACACUUGAACAUUCUGCUACUUGCUGCCUUCAUCUCUAAUAAAGUGCUGUUUGAUCUGCGAUGAUGGAAAUAAAUAAAAUAAAAUGCAGAUUGUGUUAUAAA